GGACUCUGUUGUUCCCGUUAAGAAGGUACAAAAAAAAUAUCCAAAACCAAAGAGAGAGUAACUGAUCGAACAAGAGAAGAGAGAUGAGAGGAGUAAGAAAGCAAGGAAUGGGAAACUACACGAACCCAUGUUUGACUAUGCACCAGCCCUGGGCUUCGCUUCUCGUUUAUGGAAUCAAACGCAUUGAAGGCCGCUCUUGGCCUGCCCCUAUAAGAGGUCGUCUUUAUCAUGCUGCCAGUAAGGUUCCUGAAGAAGCUACAAUAAAAGCAAUGGAGGAUUUUUACAGGGAGAUUUAUGCACUUAAUGGAAUUACUGAUCUCAAGUUUCCUCAAAAUUAUCCUGUUUCAAGACUUCUAGGGUGUGUUGAAGUAGUUGGCUGUGUUAAGUGUGAAGAAGCAGCAAACUGGGAAGUGUUACCUGAAGGGGUGAGGCUAGAAGCACAAACAGAUUUUUGCUGGCUUUGCGAAAAUCCUCAGAAAUUAUUAGUUCCAUUUGAGAUGAGAGGAUAUCAAGGUGUUUAUAACUUGGAAAAGAAGAUAUAUGAAGCUGCAAUUAGGGGUCUUACUCCAGUUAAAAGUCCACUGCCAGUAAAAUUUCCACUUCCGGAUCCACAAGAUCCUUUUUCCUUGAAACCAGGAUCUAUUUCUGCACAAGUCGCUGAAAAGAAAUCGUCUACGGUGGAAAAAUCAUCAAACCUUAGUGUGGCCAUUGCUGGUGCACGAGCAGCAGCUACACAGUUCAACAAAAAGAAUCAAGAUCUCCAAAUGAAUGUCAUGCAAAAUAGGGAACCUUAUUCCUUAAGAAGUCAAUCAAAGAACAAAUCAGUGGAAGAGGAUGGGUUUGAUGGGGAAACUUCAUCUUUGGCAGAGGAUAAACAAAGCAAUCACAUUAAUCAUGUUGAAAGCAGUAGCCACAAUCAACCUCGGGCAGAUUUGAAACAGCACACUGGGCCUCCUUCCAAAAUUUUUGCUGCGGCAUUGAGAGGACUGAAGCCAUCAUGAGCUUCCAUCUAUUCUCUGGAGUUCUGUAAAUUACAUCCUUCAGUUGUAUUGGUACCCAGCAAUUACAUAAUUGCUGUUAGCGAAUACAGUGCAUGUGGUAAGAGUAAUGAAGAUCAGAUUUCAUUGUUUAUACUAGUGGGUAUCCUUGCUGUAAAGCUAGCCUAUUAGUUUGUAACUUAACCAAUGAAGAUUUUAUAUUAGUAAAUGUCCUUGUUGUUCCUGUA